CGCAUGGGAGCGCCAUUUUUCUCCCGGCGUUCGCUCCCCGUUGAGAACACGUUGUUUGAAACACCGUAGUAAAACGACACUUUAAAACCUAAAGUAUCAUUCCUGGAGGACAGAAUCACCCGAAGAGUGUUUCUGGGUGAGUUGGAUUAAAAUGUAAAUGAUAGUAGUUACAAACUUGUCAAAUAAAUAAUGUUUUAAUGGGCUGCUUGUCCAGCUGGCUAGCUAGCUAACAGAGUUAGCACAAACGUCAGCACUGUUCGUUAGCCAACUAGCUAGCUAACGUUAGCUUACUAGCUAGUGUAUCACAGCCACCUCUGUUAAUUUCACAUGACAGCUGAUCGUUUAUUUGAUAGUUUAUAACUGCCAAUUAAGUUACCCGGUGUUUAAUUAUAGCUCACUGACACUAGUAAGCUGGCUAACUAGUUUUUAUAGCUAACAAUGUGAGCCAACGCAAAUAUUUCCAGCUGAUUUGGAUUAAGUGACCCUAGCUAACGGUAAUGUAACUAGCUAAGGUAAACUAAAUGCUAGUUGGCUGAUUUGCUAAUCUAGCUAUCUGAGCAGUGUUGAUGCCACUUUGACAGUCUCCGUCUCUUUGUUGAUGGCUAUCCUUGUUUCAUAUUUACCAGUGUUAAUAGUUAUCUAACGUUAGUUGUAACUAACGUUAUCCAUCUCGCUUUCUUGUCUCGAAGUGGGAGAUGGAUACGAGAUAGAUAUAACUAGAUACGUUCUUCUUUCUUGCCUCCCCCAGAUUUGGAGCACACACUUAAUGUGUUGUGAAUGUAGUGUAAUGUUUUUUAAAUUGUAUAACUGCCUUAAUUUUGCUGGACCCUAGGAAGAAUAGCUACUGCCUUGGUAGCAGCUAAUGGGGAUCCAUAGUAAAUACUAAUUUACAGGCCAUUUCUGUGUUCAUUCAUCCAAACUGUUAUCAAUCUGACUCACUGUCUCUGCAGACACUACAGGCCUAACCCUUGUCUUGUCUGAUCAAAACUGUCAUAUCUCUGUAUUGCAGUACUCUGGGGAGGGAUUCUGCUCCGCCAAGAGUUGACAAGAGGCAGGCAGAAUGUCGGAGAAAAACACCAGAAUCGCCAUUGUGAACCAUGACAAAUGCAAGCCAAAGAAAUGCCGGCAGGAGUGCAAGAAGAGUUGCCCUGUGGUUCGGAUGGGUAAGACUUGUGUUGCAUCCUUUCCUACUGUACUGAACCUAGUACUUGAGAAUCUUGGCCUAUUAUAAUAUCACUGACACAUACACUAUAACUAAUUCCUCCAAGUCUUGAGGCAGUAGCCUAAAAGAUAAUGCCUCAAGUUAUGUACAGUUGAAAUGGUCCAUGUUUACUUUUUUCAAGCCUCAACUGUCAUCCAUCUUUGUAAUCAUUUUGUCUUGCAGGCAAACUGUGCAUAGAAGUCACAGCUCAGAGCAAAAUUGUGUGGAUUUCUGAAUCACUCUGUAUCGGAUGUGGCAUCUGUAUCAAGGUAAAAUUGUAACAAAAUGACUGACCCUCUGUUGAUACAAAUGUGGACGAGUAGUUUUUUCUUUAUGUAUUUACCUUCAGUCCUGAUUACAUGGCACUUAGCACUGACUACUUUUUUCUUCCAGAAAUGUCCAUUUGGGGCCUUGUCUAUUGUCAACUUGCCAAGCAACCUCGAGAAAGAGACAACUCACAGAUACUGUGCCAACUCCUUCAAGUUGCAUAGGUGGGUUAAUUUUCAAGGUAAAGAGGGCUGUGUUUGUCUCAAAUAGGCCUAAUCUCAAUAAACGUUUGUUUCUGUCUUGAAUCCAUGGACUGUACUUUUGCAAUAUUCCAUUCCAGAUUACCCAUUCCCAGACCUGGAGAGGUUUUGGGACUUGUGGGCACCAAUGGAAUCGGGAAAUCCACGGCGCUGAAAAUUUUGGCUGGAAAACAGAAGCCUAAUUUGGGAAAGUAUGAUGUAAGUGUGUAACUAUUAGUUUUAUGACACAAACUUGUAGAGAAUGUAGCUAAAUGUCUAAUACAUUAUAUGGCUUUAAAAUGUUUAAAGGAUCACACAGUCACUUAUUGGAAGUCCCUCUGGAUAAUUACAGUGGGGAGAACAAGUAUUUGAUACACUGCUGAUUUUGCAGGUUUUCCUACUUACAAAGCAUGUAGAGGUCUGUAAUGUUUAUCAUAGGUACACUUCAACUGUGAGAGACGGAAUCUAAAACAAAAAUCCAGAAAAUCACAUUGUAUGAUUUUUAAGUAAUUAAUUUGCAUUUUAUUGCAUGACAUAAGUAUUUGAUACAUCAGAAAAGCAGAACUUAAUAUUUGGUACAGAAACCUUUGUUUGCAAUUAGAGAUCAUACGUUUCCUGUAGGUCUUGACCAGGUUUGCACACACUGCAGCAGGGAUUUUGGCCCACUCCUCCAUACAGACCUUCUCCAGAUCCUUCAGGUUUCGGGGCUGUCGCUGGGCAAUACGGACUUUCAGCUCCCUCCAAAGAUGUUCUAUUGGGUUCAGGUCUGGAGACUGGCUAGGCCACUCCAGGACCUUGAGAUGCUUCUUACGGAGCCACUCCUUAGUUGCCCUGGCUGUGUGUUUCGGGUCGUUGUCAUGCUGGAAGACCCAGCCACGACCCAUCUACAAUGCUCUUACUGAGGGAAGGAGGUUGUUGGCCAAGAUCUCGCGAUACAUGGCCCCAUCCAUCCUCCCCUCAAUACGGUGCAGUCGUCCUGUCCCCUUUGCAGAAAAGCAUCCCCAAAGAAUGAUGUUUUCACCUCCAUGCUUCACGGUUGGGAUGGUGUUCUUGGGGUUGUAAUCAUCCUUCUUCCUCCAAACACGGUGAGUGGAGUUUAGACCAAAAAGCUCAAUUUUUUGUGUCAUCAGACCACAUGACAUUCUCCCAUUCCUCCUCUGAAUCAUCCAGAUGGUCAUUGGCAAACUUCAGACGGGCCUGGACAUGCGCUGGCUUGAGCAGGGGGACCUUGCGUGCGCUGCAGGAUUUUAAUCCAUGACGGCGUAGUGUGUUACUAAUGGUUUUCUUUGAGACUGUGGUCCCAGCUCUUUUCAGGUCAUUGACCAGGUCCUGCCAUGUAGUUCUGGGCUGAUCCUUCACCUUCCUCAUGAUCAUUGAUGCCCCACAAGGUGAGAUCUUGCAUGGAGCCCCAGACCGAGGGUGAUUGACCGUCAUCUUGAACUUCUUCCAUUUUCUAAUAAUUGAGCCAACAGUUGUUGCCUUCUCACCAAGCUGCUUGCCUAUUGUCCUGUAGCCCAUCCCAGCCUUGUGCAGGUGUACAAUUUUAUCCCUGAUGUCCUUACACAGCUCUCUGGUCUUGGCCAUUGUGGAGAGAUAGGAGUCUGUUUGAUUGAGUGUGUGGACAGGUGUCUUUUAUACAGGUAACGAGUUCAAACAGGUGCAGUUAAUACAGGUAAUGAGUGGAGAACAGGAGGGCUUCUUAAAGAAAAACUAACAGGACUGUGAGAGCCGGAAUUCUUACUGGUUGGUAGGUGAUCAAAUACUUAUGUCAUGCAAUAAAAUACAAAUUAAUUACUUUAAAAUCAUACAUUGUGAUUUUCUGGAUUUUUGUUUUAGAUUCCAUUUAUCACAGUUGAAGUGUACCUAUGAUAAAAAUUACAGACCUCUACAUGCUUUGUAAGUAGGAAAACCUGCAAAAUCAGCAGUGUAUCAAAUACUUGUUCUCCCUACUGUAUGUCAGCUGAAUGACUUUACAGUGUCAGCUAAAUGACUGAAAUGCAACUAGUUACUAUAACACCUUGCUGUGUUACAUCACACUUAUCCCUAGUUUCAAAAGCUCCAUUCUCUCCCGGUCCUCCACCAGGCUCCACCAGACUGGCAGGAGAUCCUGACCUACUUCCGUGGCUCUGAGCUCCAGAACUACUUUACCAAGAUCCUGGAGGAUGACCUGAAGGCCAUCGUCAAGCCCCAGUACGUCGACCAGAUCCCCAAGACUGUCAAGGUCAGUCAAGCCCGUGGGUGUGGGUUCAGACCUGUAGAAAUGAGGGGAUAGAAUGGGUGCGUUCCAGAUACACAGAUCUGUACUGAAUUGUUGUCUGACGAGCUAACAGUAGUGCUGUGUUCCGCCACCAGGGGACUGUGGGCUCCAUUCUGAGCAGGAAAGACGACUCCAAGACGGAGACCAUCGUCUGUGAGCAGCUUGGUACGUUUGGAUUGGGUUCUCCCCUUGUCUUCUUCUCUUCGAGUCUAUAAUCUAAUGUUUGUCUAUAUGUAAUCCUAAUUUUCCAUUUAUGUUAAACGUUCCUUUUGACCCACUUCUACAGUCAAGUUGUCAGUAAAAUAUACCAUUUGGCCAGCAGAUUAUUUCAUCUCUUUCCUCUCUCAGAUCUGACUCAUCUCAGGGAGAGGAAUGUGGAGGACCUAUCAGGAGGAGAGCUGCAGCGCUUUGCCAUCGCUGUGGUCUGCAUCCAGAGAGCAGACAUGUAAGUCAACAGCUUCAGUUAGUCUUUGGCCUCAUCAGCGGAGGCCAUCUUUGACUGAAUAUGUUAUGUGGUUUUUAACGCGGCUCUCUUUAUGUGGUUCAUUCCAGCUUCAUGUUUGACGAGCCGUCCAGUUACCUGGAUGUGAAGCAGCGUCUAAGAGCUGCCGUCACCAUCCGCUCCCUCAUCUCCCCAGACAGGUCCGUUACAUUACAUGAUGCUCUCACUAGAGGACUGGGCCGUGUUCAUAAGGGCAUACUGUAGCAAAGCGUUUUGCAACAGAAAAAGAAAAACAAGAGUUUCUCAUUGGACAAAUUCAGGUAGUAACGCCCCGUUUCAGUUUUCUUCCGUUUUUCUUCCUAUUAAACACAACCCUGGUAGUUCCUCCCUAUUUCACUCUGUUUACUUUGGUUUUAUGCCUACUUCAACAUUAUCCACUAUUCUUCCAUCAGCUUUGUCUUGUCUUAUAGACUCUUGACUUGUAUUUUGCCCUCUCUCUCUCUCUCUCCCAGAUACAUCAUAGUGGUGGAACACGACCUGAGUGUGCUGGACUACCUGUCUGACUUCAUCUGCUGUCUGUAUGGAGUGCCCAGUGCCUAUGGAGUGGUCACUAUGCCCUUUGGAGUCAGGGAAGGUAGGACCCUAACACUACAUACUACACCAUAAACACUACACUGUCUGUACGGAGUGUCCAGCGCCUACGGAAUGGUCACUAUGCCCUUUGGAGUCAGGGAAGGUGACUACCUCUUCCAGGGUAUAAAAUUAACUUUUUGGUCCACCAGCCAUUGUGACGGGUAGAUUUAAAAAUCUACCAGCCACUCAGAUUGUUUACCAGCCAAAAUAGUUUUGGGUCGAUACAAUUACACCAACAAAACACAGAAAAACAGAUUAGCAUGCUUUGUAAUGUUUCUAAAGCAAUAAAUAAUAAUAAUAAUAUGCCAUUUAGCAGACGCUUUUAUCCAAAGCGACUUACAGUCAUGCGUGCAUAUUUUGUUUUUGUGUAUGGGUGGUCCCGGGGAUCGAACCCACUACCUUGGCGUUACAAGCGCCGUGCUCUACCAGCUGAGCUACAGAGGACCAUAAAGGUAUUACUAGUAAGAAGUAACUUGUGGUAUAUUGAAUAAUUACUUUUUGUGACAUUAGUCUUUUCACCUGCCCCUUUAAGGGCAGGAGGUUACCGUGGUAAUGUGACUCCAGUCAUGUUUAUGCCUGUGAGAUUGAGUCUGACUAGUACAAGCCUUGUCUUCUCUUCCCUAGCAGUUGAAAUGCAAACAUAGAAAAACAACCUAGCUUGUGAACAAAACAAUGUAAGUAGCCAAGAAACACAAGGAUAAAGUCUCACGUCAGUAGAAUUUCGUUUUUCUGUAAAUUAGACCAACGUUUAUGCCUGUGCACAGCGCUUCUAAAAAUGAAUCUUUCACUCUUCAUGUGCGACAGCCCCCAGCCAGGCAGUGUUGCAAUGCGAGGUGGGAUAGGCUAUAUAGGAUUUGUAGUUCUUUGACUUUGUGCGAUUAAAUUACCAUCUAUGAAACAAAACUGCAGAAAUACUUUGGAAACAGCUACUGCAGCAUUUAUUUUACUAUAAAUGUGAUCAUACUUGAAUAUUUGUAUUCACAAAUGUGAGUGAAAUGCUCGCCCUGUGGAACCCUGACCACCCGCAAACGUGGCUGGUGAAAUAGACAACUUAUCGACCAAUGCCAAAAUCUACCCGCAUUUGGCAGGUGGCGGGUGUUAAUUUUAGGCCCUGACCUCUUCACCCUCUUACUUACCUAUUUUAUUUAUUUAACCUUUUAUUCAACCAGGUGAGUCAGUUAAUUAAGAACACGUUCUAAUUCACAAUGAUGCCCUGGCUAUUGAUAUGUUUAGUAGUUUUGUUCUUUUUUUCUUUAGCAUUGAUACUGAAUAGGUUUUCUAUGGAUAAAGCAUAUCCUCAGUGCAUGGCAGGCUACACUCUGUCUCAUGGGUCUGCUGCAGAGCCAACUGGUACAGACAUUUCAAGAAAGCCUUAAGCCCCUAGCCUAGCGCAACACCCCAUAGACCACCCCCCUCUCACUUACCCUCAAAAUGGUACCACAGCUUUUCCAAAUCUAAGUCAGGGGAACAUUUCACCACAACCAAAUGAUCCCACAACCAAUGGAUAUUUUCCCAAUGCACAACUGUCCUGUUCAUUUGGCAGCUUCACCUCUAACCCCAGUCCUCCUCCGCUCCCUUCUCCAGGCAUCAACAUCUUCCUGGAUGGCUAUGUUCCCACGGAGAAUCUGCGCUUCAGGGAGAUAUCGCUAGUGUUCAAGGUAAUGUCAUAAAAAUAAGCAAUAAGGCCAGAGGAGGUGUGGCAUAUUGCCAAUAUACCACGGCUAAGGGCUGUUCUUAUGCACGACGCAACGCAGAAUGACACAAACCCCCAAGGUGCCUUAUUGCUAUUAUAAACUGGUUACCAACGUAAUUAGAAUAGUAAAAAGUAGUUUUUUGUCUUACCCGUGGUAUACGGUCUGAUAUACCAUGGCUUUCAGACAAUCAGUAUUUAGGCUCGACCCAUCCAGUUCAUAAUAAUCUAUGAAAACUAAAAUAAUGUGAUAAUACUGUGUAAUAUAACACUAGGUGGCAGAGAUAAUGUGAUAAUACUGUGUAAUAUAACACUAGGUGGCAGAGAUAAUGUGAUAAUACUGUGUAAUAUAACACUAGGUGGCAGAGAUAAUGUGAUAAUACUGUGUAAUAUAACACUAGGUGGCAGAGAUAAUGUGAUAAUACUGUGUAAUAUAACACUAGGUGGCAGAGAUAAUGUGAUAAUACUGUGUAAUAUAACACUAGGUGGCAGAGAUAAUGUGAUAAUACUGUGUAAUAUAACACUAGGUGGCAGAGAUAAUGUGAUAAUACUGUGUAAUAUAACACUAGGUGGCAGAGACGGCCAACGAGGAAGAGAUCAAGAGGAUGUGCCACUACCAGUACCCCCACAUGAAGAAGAACAUGGGAGACUUUGCCCUGGAGAUCCUGGAGGGAGAGUUCACCGACUCUGAGAUCAUGGUCAUGCUGGGAGAGAAUGGUGAGGAGAGGGGGAAUGGAAUGGUGGAGGAGUGUGUGAGGAGAGGGGGUGUGUGUUCCAUAUAAUGAGUCUUAUUUCUAAAUCCUUUCAGGGACGGGCAAAACCACGUUCAUCAGAAUGCUGGCUGGUCGUCUGAAACCAGAUGAAGGGGGUAAAUAACAUUUGACAACUUAUUUCCUCUUCACAUUGUCUAAUUGCUGGAACCAUGUACUCCACUAUACACUGAGUGAACAAAACAUUAGGAACACCUGCUCUUUCCAUGACAGACUGACCAGGUAAAUUCAGGUGAAAGCUAUGAUCCAUUAUUGAUGUCACUUGUUAAAUCCACUUCAAAUCAGUGUAGAUGAAGGGGAGGAGACAAGUUAAAGAAGGAUUUUUAAGCCUUGAGACAAUUAAGACAUGGAUUGUGUAUGUGUGUCAUUCAGAGGGUGAAUGGGCAAGACGAAAAAAUGUAAGUGAGGCUGUUCUGAGGGCAAAAGGGGGUGGUGCAACUCAAUAUUAGGAAGGUGUUCUUAAUGUUUUGUGUACGUUUUUCCUAAACAUUUUCUAUUACUUCCAAAGGGGAAGUGCCUAUCCUGAACGUCAGCUACAAACCCCAAAAGAUCAGCCCCAAAUUCAAAGUAGGUACCAACCAGUCACUGCCUUGACAACUACACACCUCUAACACAGACACCUGCCCAUCUCAUCUCCUGACUAACUAACUCCCUCUGUCUCUGUAGGGUAGUGUGCCCCUCUCAGACCCUGACUAACUAACUCUCUCUGUAGGGUAAUGUGCCCCUCUAAAACCCUGACUAACUAACUCCCUCUGUCUCUGUAGGGUGGUGUGCCUCUCUCAGACCCUGACUAACUAACUCCCUCUGUCUCUGUAGGGUAGUGUGCCUCUCUCAGACCCUGACUAACUAACUCCCUCUGUCUCUGUAGGGUAGUGUGCCCCUCUCAUCUCCUGACUAACUCCCUCUGUCUCUGUAGGGUAGUGUGCCCCUCUCAUCUCCUGACUAACUAACUCCCUCUGUCUCUGUAGGGUAGUGUGCCCCUCUCAUCUCCUGACUAAACUCCCUCUGUCUCUGUAGGGUAGUGUGCCCCUCUCAGACUCCUGACUAACUAACUCCCUCUGUCUCUGUAGGGUAGUGUGCCCCUCUCAGACCCUGACUAACUAACUCCCUCUGUCUCUGUAGGGUAGUGGCCCCUCUCAGACCCUGACUAAACUAACUCCUCUGUCUCUGUAGGGUAGUGUGCCUCUCUCAGACCCUGACUAACUAACUCCCUCUGUCUCUGUAGGGUAGUGUGCCCCUCUCAGACCCUGACUAACUAACUCCCUCUGUCUCUGUAGGGUAGUGUGCCCCUCUCAGACCCUGACUAACUAACUCCCUCUGUCUCUGUAGGGUAGUGUGCCCCUCUCAGACCCUGACUAACUCCCUCUGUCUCUGUAGGGUAGUGUGCCCCUCUCAGACCCUGACUAACUCCCUCUGUCUCUGUAGGGUAGUGUGCCCCUCUCAGACCCUGACUAACUCCCUCUGUCUCUGUAGGGUAGUGUGCCCCUCUCAGACCAUGACUAACUCCCUCAUGUCCUCUGUCUCUGUAGGGUAGUGUGCCUCUCUCAUCUCCCGACUAACUAACUCCCUCUGUCUCUGUAGGGUAGUGUGCCUCUCUCAGACCCUGACUAACUAACUCCCUCUUUCUCUGUAGGGUAGUGUGCCCCUCUCAGACCCUGACUAACUAACUCCCUCUGUCUCUGUAGGGUGGUGUGCCCCUCUCAGACCCUGACUAACUAACUCCCUCUGUCUCUGUAGGGUAGUGUGCCUCUCUCAGACCCUGACUAACUAACUCCCUCUGUCUCUGUAGGGUAGUGUGCCCCUCUCAUCUCCUGACUAACUCCCUCUGUCUCUGUAGGGUAGUGUGCCCCUCUCAGACCCUGACUAACUAACUCCCUCUGUCUCUGUAGGGUGGUGUGCCCCUCUCAGACCCUGACUAACUAACUCCCUCUGUCUCUGUAGGGUAGUGUGCCUCUCUCAGACCCUGACUAACUAACUCCCUCUGUCUCUGUAGGGUAGUGUGCCUCUCUCAGACCCUGACUAACUAACUCCCUCUGUCUCUGUAGGGUAGUGUGCCCCUCUCAGACCCUGACUAACUAACUCCCUCUGUCUCUGUAGGGUAGUGUGCGGGCCCUGCUCCAUGAGAAGAUCCGAGACGCCUAUACUCACCCUCAGUUUGUGACUGACGUCAUGAAGCCUAUGCAGAUUGAGAGCAUCAUCGACCAGGACGUAAGUUGUGCAUUCUGGGUUGUGUUCAGUUGGCAUAGAAUGUUUUGCAACGGUGCGAAACGGGGAGGUACUACUAUUCGAACUUGUCCAGUAAAAACAGAAUAAAAACAAUUCUGAUGCAAAACACUUUUCUACGCGGUGCCCCAAUGGACCAUACACACCAGAUCAGAAAAUGAAAACAAGCAUUUCUUAUUGGACAAGUCCAGUUCAGGUAGUCCCUCCCUGUUUCAAUCCGUUUUCUUCUGUUUGGUGUCUAAUGAACACCCCCCUGCUUGUCUCUGUAGGUCCAGAACCUGUCUGGAGGAGAGUUGCAGAGGGUGGCGAUGGCUCUGUGUCUGGGGAAACCAGCUGAUGUCUACCUGAUAGAUGAGCCCUCCGCCUACCUGGACUCUGAGCAGCGUCUCGUGUGCGCCAAGGUCAUCAAAAGGUAACCACACACACCUGUACACAUACACACACUCUGAUCCUAGAUCUGUGUUUAAGGUGAACUUCUACCUCCAGCUAAGAGAUCCAUCUAGUGCUUUGCAUUGCUCACGGCAGUACCAUUCACACACCUUUGUCUUUUUAAUCAUCUGUGUUUUGAUUAGUUUGACAGGAAAUACAGAAACUCUAUAACCUCACAAACCUUAAUGGACUUAAAUGGAUGCCAUUGAUUUUGAUACAUUCAUUGUUUGUUUCUAGAUUCAUCCUCCAUGCCAAGAAGACAGCGUUCGUGGUGGAGCAUGACUUCAUCAUGGCCACCUACCUGGCUGACCGCGUCAUCGUGUUCGACGGUAUUCCCUCACGAAGCACCGCUGCCAACACGUACGUCAACCCUUCCCAUCAUUUGGUUUGAUAGUCUCAUCCACUGAUUUACCCAACAUGUCUGGUAUUCCUAUCUGUGGUGGCUCUUAAUAUCUGCUUUCUUCAAGCUAUUGUUUCUCUUCCUCUAUCUUGAUGGAACUCUUACCUCCUUCAAACUGAUUAUUGGGUGAUUUGUAAGCAAACUGUCAAACUCCCCACUUCAAAAUAUAGGCAAAUCUUGACUGUGAAAUUCAUGUUCCAGUCUGACAGGAAAGUGGUAUUUUCAUGACAAGACACUGAAAGCAUGCUAAGAUAUGGGUUGUUGUUAGGAACCCAUGUUUAGCUCUUAAGGAUGCGUGUAACACAGGCCCUGUCAUCUUUUGACCUCUCAGGCCACAGACCUUACUCGCAGGGAUGAACAAGUUCCUAUCACAACUGGAGAUCACGUUCAGGAGAGACCCCAACAACUUCCGACCAAGGAUCAACAAGAUGAAUUCCAUAAAGGUACAGGGGAAAACCUACAUUUAUUUACAUCCAUUUUGUGCUUUUAGUAACGUAUUGACUAUUAUUGCCUUUCAUUCAGUUAAUUCAUUCAGCACAACUCCAGUUUUCUGUCCUUUGCUCUCCUCUAACCCAAGCUAUACAAUCUAUAUGUUGUAUAUCUAGGAUUGUGGUUUCUCUGUAACCCAAUCUCUAUGUUGUAUAUCUAGGAUUGUGAACAGAAGAAGAGUGGGAACUACUUCUUCCUGGACGACUAAAGGACCAAUCCCUCCCUCCCUCCAUCAGAGAGACCUCCAUAUCCAUCCUCCUCAAGCCCUGACACCUGUAUGGCUGUUCCAAUACCCAUACUAGCAUUCCAUGCUACAUUGCUCCGUUCUAAGUGGUAUGUUAGUGUGGAUAUUUGGAAUGUAGCCCUACCCUACUGGCCCCCCUUGGGCUGAUGGCUUAGAGAGCCCCAACCUGGGUGGACCACCAGAUUAAUGCCACACACACAAGGCGAGUUAGUUUUGCAUUGCCUGGUGCCCUGGGUGGGCGGGGUUUACAUAUUAGACCAUUGGUCCUAAAGUGAAAUCUUCAUCCACCCGUGAGCAGCGGGCUAUGCAAAACAAACUCGCCCACACACACCUACCUUUGGGAGCCAAAGGAGUGUUUUAUCAAAGUCAUUCAAUUCAUGUGAUUUUUUAAAAGAAUAUCUUAUGAAUAAACAAACCCCAUUUCCUGAGCAUGGUGGUGUUUUUUGAAUGAAGUGAAAUUGUGGAUUUUGUCCACAAGAGGGUGGCAGACUACUGUGGUUCGUUGGUUCUCCAUCAGAAAAUGGACAUCUGAAGUAAUACAUUAUCUAUUUACUGCAAUUAAAGUCAAUGUACCUUCAUAUUCUGCAUUCAACAAUUAAAAGUGUCUCUAUCCAGUUCUUGUCAAUGUGUUAUAGUUAAUGACAAUUGUGUUAUUCCAUAAUUAAAUUUGUCCUCCAGAC